CUUCGCAACCGCAGCUCUGCGUCUCUUCCCCAUGGCGGCGGCGUCGGAGUCACCGGAUGCUGCCGCCGCCGCUGGGCCGUCGACGCUGAGCAUCUACAAGGCGGCGCGGCGCAUCAAGCGGCGGGAGAGCACGCUGUACAACGCGCUGCGGAGCGUGGCGGACGACGCGGCGUUCGUGGCGGAGAUCGCGGCGCUGUGGCCGGCGCUGCCGCUGGUCGCCAACCUCCGCUGCGGGCUCUGGUACGCGCCGCAGCGCGCCGUCGCCGCCACCUGCUACUUCAAGUCCACCGAUGGGCACGCCGGCAACUGGGCCUUCUCCACCGCACGCCUCAACCUCCACCUCGCCCUCCUCGCCGGGGAGAGAGGAGGAUGCAUAAUUGUUGACUCAACAAGGAGAGGGAAACGAUUCCCUGACAGCAUGUCAAAGACCAUACCCAUUUGGUGCUGUGUCCUGAACCGAGCAAUUGAGAGGCAUCGGCUGCAAACUAUCAAUCAGUCAGCUGCUGUACCAAACAAAGAGACUGAAAGGAUAUCUGCUUCAUCAAACUGGGAUAGCUCGGUGCAUCUUCCUGUAUGGGUUCUAGAUACUGAGAAAAACGCUAUAGAGGGGCGUAUCGAGGAUUGGUUGACACAAUUUGAAUCAUGCGGUGCAGACAUUCAUUCUCUUGCAUUAUGUUUGCGGAAACCACUACGUCCACUGUGGAUAUCACAAAAGUCACGUAUAUGGUUAAAUGAAGUUCCAGAGCUUGAAUCAUGGAAUUUCACUCCUAUUAUAUUAGUGUCAGCAUCCGCAUCUGGUGCGGUAGCUACACAAAGGAUGACUUCAGAAUUUAGCUGGCAUUAUAUUCCCGGAGCUGGAGAUGAUGAAGAGAGUUGGGCACGGGGUCUAACUCCUACAUUAUUCUGGAAGCACUCAUAUGAUCUGCUUGAUGGUGGACCAGACCUUUGUCAUCAACUAGUUGCAGAUAUUGUUGAGAAAGACAGGGUCUAUCGUGCACAGAGAGGCGAACAUUCUCCCCAAAUUAUAGCUAAGCCUUUGAAGUGUUCAAGUAAUGAUGGUCCUUUCAGUGUUGGUGAUCAUACAAGUGUUAUGCAACUAAUGGAUUCGGACCCUCCAACCAUUACUGCUACACAGAAACAAAAUUCCAGUGAUGGACAUAUACUCUUCUGGAUUGGAACAUCAAACCUUGCAGUAGCAUCAACUCUCCAAGUUGGAGAUGCCUUGGCUGAAGUGGAUUGUAUACUGAAUUGUGACAGCACAUCAAAUUUACCUUCUAUUACUUCAGACAAUUCUUACGUAGAACUACCUAUUGUGGGAUCAAAGGACGAUCGGUUUUCACUGAUGAAAAGCCUUCCAAAAGCAGUUAGCUUUGCGAAUAGAAAUUUGAUUGCAGGGAAGAAACUACUAAUAUGCUGUCAAAAUGGAGAGGAUAUAAGCAUCUGUGUGGCCUUGGCGAUAAUUGCACGGUUAUUUGAUUGUGAUGGAUGCUUUGAUCAUGGCAAUUCAUUUGUGAAAAGAGAUGUCACGAAGUUGGAGAUGAGGAAGAGGCUGGUAUUUGUUUGCAAAUAUGCUGUUAAUGCACGACCAUCCAGAGGAAACCUGAAGCAGGUCUAUGGUUUUCUUUGCAACGAGAAGGAAUAGUUUUCAUGUUUGAGUUAGUUUUGUUUUGUGGUAAUGUUCUGUUGUUUCCUAUCCCCUGUAAAAUACAUCAAGUUCUGAUCAGCUAGUGAGGUUUUGGUUUCUGAGUUGUUUUAUGUCAACUGAUGAAAUUGCUAGUCUACGGGGAACCAAUAGUCGCAAAAAUUGUCCUUGGGAAUUUCACUGACAA